UUUACAUUCAUGUUGUUAAAUUUUCUUUUAUUUUUUAAAUUUAUUUAACAUAAAUUACUUGUGUUCAAGCAUUUUGUAAAAAAAGAAAAGAAAGAAAUAUCUAAGACUACUGGAUUCAUUUCAGUGAUGUUGAUUAUUAUUUCAACACAAGUAAUUUUUAGUUUUAUAUGGAUUCUUCCUUGGUUUUUUCUAGUCUAGAACAACUGUAGCCUCAAUUUGCUCCAGUUGAUUUUUUUUGAACAAAGAAGUACACAUCAUCAUCAUAAUCCAUCAUCACAAUCAUAGUCAUCAUCAUUGUCAUUUAGCUAAUCAUAUUUUGUACCCUUUGACUGGAAAGUCAAUGAUUUUUUGAACAAAAGUAAUUUGUUUAUCAUUCAUUUGAAUAGUUCCAAUGUGAAUAAUAUAUGUGUAAUUAAAACAUAUAAUUGUAUAAAAUCACAAAAUGCAGUCCCAUUAAUACUCCAGAAACUAUACGACAGAUACGACUGUACCAAAAUAAUUUAUUUCUUUGUUUAAUACCCAAAUAUAUUUUCAUGUCAUAACAAAUGGCUGUAAAAUAAUUUUUAUAAUUCGACUUUCAGUACUAUCAGCUUAUUGCUGAAAUCAUAUUUAAAUAAAUAUAUAAAGAUAUAUAUAUAAUUUCAAUAAAAGUCAGUCGAUUUAGUACUUUUAUUUACUCAGGUUUAAAUAGAGCUAUUAUAUUAUAGUUUCUACAUUUUGCUGUGCAGAUGAACUGUUUUACAAAAUAUAGUACUAACCGUUUCAGAUUGCAAAAGUUAAUAUCUAUUUUUCACAUAUAAUUGUUUUCACUGUGUAUGCAAUUGAAAUGGUAGUUUGUAAAUCUUAUUCUGAAGUUGUGUGUAUAUUGUUACAAAUGAGAAUAUCAAUUCACUGUGAAUUAAUAACAGUGUACAAUCUCUGUAUCAAUGUAAUGUUUUCAAUUAGCUUGUUAAAUAUUAAAAUAUACAGUUGCUGAAGAUAAGCAAUCAUCACAAAGAACUUAUUUCCAAUUCUGUAUUCAGUAGUAAAGUAUACGAAUUAUACGCUUAAAAAAACAAAUUGAAAUCGAUGUAAUCAAAUAGCCGAUUAUAGAUUUUGAUCAAAAUACCUUACAGAAUUGCAAAAAAUUAAAAGCUUUUAUGUUCAUUAUGGUUUUUUAAAUUAACUUCACAAAAAAAAUAAUAAUAAUAAAUUUUUAAUUUCUAGAUAAUUCCAUGUUUAUUGAACUAUUUCAAUGUUUGUAGAGUAUAGAAAACUGUAUUGCUGAUUUAAUGUACAGUUUCAAUGUAAGAGGAGAAUGUAUUGUUAAAAUUGCAAACAACAAUUAUUAAAAAAAAAACAAAAUUAUUUUCUUUUUUGAACAAUCAGUGUAAAACUGUUGUUAACUUCCUGCAUUAAAGACUCGUGUAUAGGUAAUAGUAAAAAUAUUAGCAUUAAAAAUAUAAUUUUUUAACUGCUCAUUGUUAUUUUAAUAUGGAAAAAAGAAGGAGAAGAAAAAUACAUGACGUCAUGACUGAGGAACUAUAUAAAAUAAGAUCCGUUUUGGAUUUUGUUAUAAUUUCUUUGCCACAGUGAAAGUUAAAAUGAAAUUCUUCGUUGCAUUCAUUCUAUUCUUCUCUUUAGUAUGUCAUUAUGUAUCUUCUCAAUCUUGUCAUUUGAGAGAAUUGGAUCUUUGCGCCGCAACACUUUUGCUAUUUAACCAAAGUCCUAGUGGCGUGGCCACAACCGAUGCCGAAUUAAACAGACAAUGCAGUUAUAUUCGUGAAGCUAAUCAGUGCUUUAGAAACUUCACUCAUCGAUGCCUGACUUCACUUCAAAGAGAACUGCUGAGUUUUGUAGGCGAAGGAUCAGAGAAGUUACUUGAACAAUACUGCACUCCUGGAACUGAGCUGAGAGCUAGUUAUCUCAGACAUGCACCGUGCCUUCAAAAUGCAAAUCAUGAGCAGAAAAAAUGCUUAACUGAUAUACAAGCUGCUUUAGAAGCCAUUGGAAAUGCGGCUUUUGAUAAGCGUAUCCCUAUCAGCUGCUGUGCAUAUCAACGAUAUCUCUCUUGUGCCAAAAGCACUGUUGAAAACAAAUGUGGUAAAGCAGCUGUAGACUUUAUGCAAUUAUUAUUAAGAAUGGCUGCUUCAAGAUUACCUGACAUAAUAUGCUCUGGAUACGGAACUCAAAAUAAAGAAUGCCUGACGCUCCUACCAAAAGAUGGAACAGCUCCAGAAGGUUCUAGAUCAGAAUCCGUUCUCUCUCGUUUGUUUGCUGCAUAUCUUGGAAAUUAAUCAUUAUUUUUUCAAUUUAAACAUAAAUAUCUAUAACAUUAAUCGUUUAGAAAUAUCAUUUAGUUAAUUAGUUAGGUUCACUUUUUCAAAUCACAUUUCAUGAAACUUGUCAUGUAAAUCACUCCAAUAUUUUAAAACUUUAUUCAUAAAUGUUUCCAUUAUGCACAAUACAUGUUCAUUAAUUAAUUAAAUCAUGUAUAAAUGUGAAUAAAACUCAAUUUAGCUAUCAUUUAUUAUGAUGCCAAGUUUUCUAUUAAUUGAAUAUAAGAUUUUCCAUUAAAUAGUUUGAUUUAAUUAUAAUUACUUGAAAUACAAUAUUAAACAAGGAUUUCAAUUUAUACAAUCUUUAGUUCUUAUA